AUGCCUUCCUUCCAAAAAAUCACCUUCGGAGUCGAGCUGGAACUCAUGACCCCCGUCCCAGACUCCUACCGCAUGUGGCGCUUCAUCUCCCCCUCCGCAGCAGCCCGCUUCAACGUGGCAGACCUCCUCGCGAAGCGAACCUCCCUCCCCAUCGCAGUGCAAUGCUGUCAUCCUUUCGCUGACAGAUGCACUAUCUGCGCUUCAGUCCCCAAGGAGAACCAAUUCGGCGGCGAUUGUGUGGUACAGUUCCCAAACAUACUGUCUUAUGGAGAUGUCGUCCCGGCGCGUUGUUUCAUGUUCAAGUCUGAGUUUCUUGAACUCGUUCAUCCGCUGAGUAAGAAACGGGAUUGGGAUGGUGUGGAGAUAACGACUCCUGUUUUUGGCGCUGGUGAGUUGGACAAUGGACUUGAUACUAUGAAGACUGCUCUGACGAACCUUCGACAGCUGGGUCUUGAAAUCUCUGCUGAUGAUUCAUGCGGUAUGCAUGUCCACGUUGGUGUUGAAACAGGUAUGACCAUUCUUCUCGCCCAAAAGAUCACAACUCUAGUAAUCCUUUUGGAGACCACUCUUCUUCUCCGUCUCGUCGCGCCCCCACGCUGGAAAGGCGCUUUUUCAAUGCCAAUCUGCGAGCACUCAUCUUUAGCAAUGGACAUGGAUCUUCACAAGCCCCUCGAAGACCCUACUCUUCUCAACCAGCAUGUUCCUUGUAUGAGCACCAUGAAACGAGGUAAGUGGAACAACUGGUAUCCUAAACACAUCUACAAGAUGCUCUACGGCGUAUGGGGCAGCACCAUCCUCGCUGAGCUCAGUCUUCGUCUCAAAAAGGCACGUAUGAACCGCUGCGGCUUCGCCCUGUCGUUACGAGGGUAUAAGAUAUGUGAUGGAGAGACUUAUAAGAUAAAUGACGAAGAUACUCUUGAAGGGUCUCCUACGACUGUGGAGUUUCGAUACUCGCAGAUGACGUUUGAUCAUGAGCUUUUACGGAACUGGACGGAGAUUCUUGCGAGGAUUGUUGUGAUUGCGCAGGGUGAUGCGGGUGAGUUUAAGAGUUGUGUGGAGGAUAUUAUCAGCAUUAAUGGGAGGGAUGAUAAAGAUGUUUGGAAGGGGUUGAUGACGGAUGUUCUUGGGCUGGGACAUCGUGUUCCGCAGUGGGAAGAGCGGUUGAAGCGUUUUGAGAGGGGUGAGUAUAUUUCUCAUCUUGAUGAUGAGCUUCUUCUCAAGUCUCUUUGA